AUGGUGAAGACUCAGCAGUGGACCUGGCAAGGCGUUGUUGAGACUCCAGGGAGCAAGCUUGCUAAAGCAGCAAUAAAACAGCUUGAGUGCCGCGCAAACUGGGCCCAUCUGUCUUCGGCGUGGGACCGUACGGUAACCGCUGACGAACUAGAACUCGAUGCGUUUUACGACCAACUUGAGGAGAUCAUCCUUAACGAAAAGUCCUCUACAAAUUUGUUGUUGGAGAUUUCAACGCUGGGAGGAGGAGGAAAGCAAGGACAUCACCGCUGGUCAUGGAAGUCUCCAAGCGCAAAUAUCAGUCGCAGGCUAGCAGUGCGGCGAGACCUUUAGCUUUGGAGGCAGAGGAGACCAUGAAGGCAGGCUCGAACAGAACCAGUUUGAAAGAGUGCUAUCGUGAACUUCAGGACCAAUUGAAAAAAUGGGUUUUGCACUACUCUGUACCGAUCCACGACCCUCGUGCGAAAACCAAAAUUCCCACUGGCUAAACAGCACCGCGGAUCUUUCCUUUGAAGACAAGAUUCAGCCGACCUAUUUCGUGCAGGUAGCUACGAACUUCAUGCGCUUCUCGCAAAGCCCAUGACAUCUUACCUCCAGAAGGAAAAGUUCCCAACCAGUGGACGAACUCGCGGAUGGUCACUCUUCACAAGAAGGGAGACCUGGAUGAACUCCGCAAUUACCGCUCAAUAA